GUUGACGUCACGGGCAACCAUCUUUGUGGUGUUUUGACAUAGCUAGCAGCGAGUUCGCUGCUUUUUCAUUGUAGUUCUUGCGAGGAUAGGUAGUGACCGCGAGGUCUGCCGGCCCGAGCUCUCCUUCCUUGUGCCGCAGACCUUAGGCUCGGUAGUAUGGCACAGCAGCCAACGAGUAGUGCACUACGAGCCCUGGGCCUAGAAUUCAAGAGCCUCCAGGAGGAACCCGUUGAAGGUUUUCGGGUAAAACUGGUCAACGAUGACAAUCUCUUCGAAUGGGAAGUGGCCAUCUUCGGCCCGCCCGACACGCUCUACGAGGGUGGAUAUUUCAAGGCACACAUGAAGUUUCCACCAGACUACCCGUACUCUCCUCCAACGGUACGCUUCCUCACCAAAGUUUGGCAUCCCAACGUCUACGAAAAUGGGGACCUGUGCAUCUCUAUUCUUCAUCCGCCCAUUGACGACCCUCAGAGUGGUGAGCUGCCCUGUGAACGUUGGAAUCCCACACAGAAUGUCAGGACUAUCUUGCUCAGCGUCAUCUCACUGUUGAACGAGCCCAACACUUUCUCUCCAGCCAACGUAGAUGCCUCAGUCAUGUAUCGGCGCUGGAAAGAUUCUAAGGGUGCUGAUAAAGAGUAUGAAAACAUCAUACGGAAGCAAGUGUCAGCCACGCGACUCGAGGCUGAUCGUGACAACGUGACCGUGCCAACUACCAUCGACGAGUAUUGUGUCAAGCAUAGGCAGAAAGUGACCGACGACUCUGCGAUGUCUGCCGAAGCCGACAUGACUGACUUUUAUGAUGACGACUACGACGAUGACUUGGAAGACGACGAGGAAGAUGAAGAAGUAGAAGAGGAAGAAGACGCGGGUCGCGGUGACGGCCACCAGGUUGGGCGCCGUAGCACAGGACCGCCUCAUUACAAGGAUGACGAUGACUCGGGCAACGGUGAGUCCUGAUUGCCUGCCCCACGGCGACACCAACAACAACGACCUGAAGGCGCCACCGUUGCUGCCGGCACUGGUGAGAGGUUCCUGCAGAGGUGUCCAACUGUCUCCAAGAGCAGUCGCCAGUGCAGCAGCCAGCAGGGGAUUGUGUUUUCCGUUCAGGGAUGACAUUUCGUUUUUCGGGACAUGGGUCGCACUUGAGGUGGGCACCAUCCCCUGCCCCACGUGUGCGCAGGCAAGAAGGGUCGGUCGUCACAUUGCGCCUCUGUCAACACCUGUCUUCUGUGUUGUCCGCUUUUAAUUUUAAUACUUGAGUACAUGUGGUACACACAGUGUUUGCCGCGAGGGCAGUGGUGUCAGCGCUUUUGACAAGGUUGCACAGUCAGUCUGGCCAGCCCAAUCCACUGCUGCUGUAGACCGUCACGCAGGCCACAACGUCCAUCGAUCAUGCGUCUGCGAGACUGAGGUUUUCUCAAGCCAUUUUACUUGUUUCUUGUUGUGUCGGUUUGGUUCUGAGCUAUUUAAGGACUAUUUAUAGACAUGACGCCACGCCUGUGUGUGCAAGUACCAGCUAGAGUGUUUCGUUAACUUUUCUCUUGUCUUUUAUUUUGUUUGUGAGUGGAACCUGUCUGAAUGCUUUCUGCCGUCUUUUCAAACGCACAUAUGCUGCCGGUGCGCGUGAUGCAAGAAAGUGCUAAGGUGUGUUAGUUGGCUGCAAGUUUCAUGAAGACACAGAUGAAGGCAGUGACUUAAGAAUAAAGUGGUGAAAGACGUG